UAUAUGUUUGUAUGUUGUAUACAUGUAUGUAUACAUAAGAAUUCAUUGAUUUUGUCAACGUAAAACACACAGUGCAGCGGCAGUUAACUAGCACGGCCAACCGAAUUGGAAACGCUGGAGCGGCACAAGUGCGGCGGCAAUGCGAACGGACUGAAGACAGAAGCCCCUGAGCGAAGGCUUUUACCUGGGCCGCUGUCCAAUCAGAACGCUGCUCCCAAUCAGAACUGGGCAGGGGGCGGGGGUGGCGAGAGCGAAAAAUCCGGAUACGGGGGGCAGUGGCAAAAAAAAAACAACACACAAACACAGGAGCCCCCAAACGACGAGCGUGGCCUGGCAAUAGCAAUGAUGAUGGCAAAAUGACCAGGGAUCUGACACAGCGGACCGAGGACCACUAGCGGAUACGGAUACGGCCGUAAAAUGCCCCGGAACACUUGCAGGCCAAGUGAAUGCGCUGCCAGCCAGGAUGAACCGGAGGCCAGUGCGAAUAACAACAAUAAUAACAACAACAAUAACAAUGAGGGCAUCAUCAAGCAGGAGCUGGAGGCAGCGCCGCCGGUUUGCCACCGGAAGUCGGAGCGCCGGAGAGUGGCCCGCGAUAUCUUCCUGGUCUUCGAGGAGCAGACCACCCGGCGCCGGGGGAAGGGCGCCAAGGGCAAGGCCACCAGGGCCAAGCAAAAGUUCGGUCAUCUGAAGGUGGCCAAUACGCCGCGUAUCAAUAAGAAUGUGCUGCGCGAAAUCAAAACGGAACCAAAGUGCAGCCCGGAGGCAGUUACGCCGGUGGCUGCUGCCCCGGCAACUAUCACACCCAUUCCCGCACUGAAUCACCUUAUUUCCCCUCCGCAAAUAGCCCCGCCCAAUCCUGUCCUGUUACCGGAGGAGGUGCAGCAGCCGCCGCCGCCAGCAGCAGCAGCAGUAGCCAAAUCCUUGCCGCGAACGGCGGCCGUGAAAUUGGAAACCAAAACAACAGUCACAUCCACAGCCACUGCAUCCAAUGUGGCGGCGACAUCCAAGCGAAUCAGUCCCAAGCCCAAGGCUCCACCACGUGUUCUGGCUGAAGAGGAGGAGGAAAAGGCGGCGACAGCAGCAACUCCUGCCCACCUACCGAAUCCCCAGCCCGAUGCCGCACCCGCCACCUCGCCAACGACGCCCAGCGUCAAUCCCAUCUUCCUGUGGGUCAAACAGGACGAUACCCGCAUCGUGGAGGUGCGCUGCGAGGACUACGACAAGCGGAACAGGAUACGCCUGACCAAGACGACGAACGGCUGGCGCUCCAUGCCGCGCACAGAUGCUUCCUCAACUAGGAUAGUCAAAUUCUUCCACGGCUCUGCCGCCCCACUGAUGAAGGUCAAGCGCGAGCAGCACCUGCAGCGAUUGGAGGAGGAGGAGGAGCAGCAGCAUCACCAGCAGGAGCUGGAACAGGCGGAGGAACGCGAACAGGAACAGGCGGAGCAGCAGUUACCCAACUUGGGGCAGUCUCUGCUGCACGAUUGGGAUGACAGUGCCACCCAAUUGCCGGACGAGAUCGAGGAGGAGGAGGAGGAGGAUAGGCAGGAAAUGGAUCCUGCAUUGCAGCAGAAUGGCCACCUAACCACCGUGCUCGAGGAUGUUGUGGUUCUGCCACCUGCCCCAGGGCCGGAGACGGCGCCCACGCCCUACUUCGACGGUUUGCUGGAUAGCGAGGAGACCAAUGCCUCCACCAAGGCCACCAAGACCAAUACGCCCACAUAUCAGAGCUCCACGCCUUCGCCAAUGCAAAUGCAGCUGUGCCCCAAGACGGGCCUGUUUUUGCCCAAAGGAGAUCUUGCCCUGGUCCAGCUCCCCGAGGAGGAUGUCUUGCAGGUAGAGGAGGAGGAGGACAAGCCACUGAGUGGAAACGAUCCGGUGGAGUGCUUCGAUGCCAAUACCAAGAAUCUGAAGGAUCUGCUGGAUGAUGCCGAUGAUCUGCUGCAGAACUGCAGCAGUGACAAUGGCAGCAGUGGAGCCGAUUUGCUCGACUCGCUGGUCAAGCGCAGCUGCGAAGAUAAUCUCGUCCAGGAGGCAAGCACUGGCAGCGGGAAUAAUCCGCAGAACUCCUCAUCCUCCGGCGACGAACUGAGUUCCUUCUGUGUGCCCGAUCUCGACAAGGACCUGCCCAGCAUUCUCAACAUGAACAACGACGAUGCGCCCAAGUGUCUGUCUUUCAACGAGGCCGGUGAGAUCGAAGGCCUGAACGGCGAACUCUUCCUGGGCAUCGAGGCCUUCGAGAAGCAGCAGGAAGCGGUGGCCACCGAUCCGGAACCCCAGCCGCCCACCCCGGCCACCGUUGAACUGACCCAAACCCCUACGCCCACACCCACGCCUGAGAAGGAAAGGGAAAAGUCCACCGGAGUCGAUGAGACGCCCAAGGACCUAAGCUACAAAAAGCGCGAGGAGGUAUGUCCCCCGUCGGAGUCGCGCAGUCAGUGUGCGGUGACCUCCAGCUCGGAUAUACUCAAGUCGCCGGAGCGGGAUCUUCAGGUGCCGGCCAACUCCAUACCUGCCGAGGUGGAGACCACCUCGGAAACCAUUAAAAAUCUCAUACUAGAGCAGUUCCUUAAGCUGAACAACAACCCCCAGCAGGCGGAGCCCAUGGAUCUGGGCAAAGCUGGCCGGGAUGGCAAACUCGAAACGGUCGUCAUCGACGACGAGGAGGAGGAGUCCAGUCAGCCGCUGAAGAAGCGUCCCAAGGCCAGCAUCAAGAUGGACAAGGAUCCCGACGCACUCACCCAACUGAAGAUGCUGAUCAGCAACCCGCAGUGGAAGGUCCCAGACCCGAUACUCGUGCCAAAGGAUCGACUCGGAGCAGUGCUGGCCUCUCCGGCCCGAGAGAUUCCAUUGCUGCUAACGACCAGGCCCGAGUUACGUCUUCCCGAGGCCUUUGCCUAUCCGGAGAUCAUCCAGAAUCCCAAUAUUUUGGUCGUGACCAUGGAGCAGCUGGAGGCCAUUCUCAAAACGGAGUCGGAGCAGGCGAACAAGGCGUCGAAAGAGCCGGAUCCAGUGAUCGUGGUGCCAAGCAAACCGAGGAGCCCCAGUCCAAAGCAGACGCUGCCCAAACCAGUGCUUGUUCAACCCAAUCCGCCGCCAGCUGCUCCGGUGGCACCCACACUCCCCUCGCCGGCGGACUCGAGUCUAUCCACGGACCUGAAUGCCACUACGCUGGCGCUGCUCCAACAGAUGCUGUGGCUGCCCUACUUUGGCCAGUUGUCGCAGGAGUUCUUCAAGACCAUCAAAGAUCCGCUGGGACUGCAAAGGAAGUUCAUGAGCAAUCUGCUGCCCCUGUACAACAGUCAGUUUGGACUUCAGCAUCUGGACGAGCUGUACAAGCAGUGUAUGAAACAAAAGCCGGCGGAGGAGCCCCAGCCGCAGCCCAAGGUGCCCACUCCAGUGCCUCCUCCGGUGGCAGCUCCUCCUCCCCCAACCCAAAGCACAGCGAGCGGAUCGAAUGCCUUCAAUGGCUUCACCAAUCCCGUGGAGCUGGCCCUCAUGCAGAAGCUGCUGCAGCCGCAAUUGCCGCAGUUCCUCAACUGGGAGGCUGCCAAGGAGACCUCAUCUUCCUUAUCCUCGGCCGCCGCCCCCUCACAUCAUCAUCAUCAGGAGCACAAGCGACCAAGAAGGGAAACCGAAACGGAGGCCAUUGGCGCUUUGCCCAAAUCCAAGCCUGCUUCCGGUGUUCCGAGUAUAUCUGCUGCCCCACCCGCCGUUGCGCCUGCACCGGUGGCCACCUCUACGCCUGCAGCACCCGCGCCGGCGGAGCACAAGCCCAGACUGACCAUCAAAUCGCUCUCGAAUCUGUUGGAACCCGAGGCGAAUGUGGUACCCCUUCUCAACGUGCCCUUCGAUGGAAUGCGAGGGCGUCCUUCCAUGCACAAGGCGCUGCCCGAUCAGGCCAAGGGUGACGCGGGCACGGGACGCACACUGCGCUCCAGCAAGGCCUGCGUCACCUACAAUCCUCUGGAGCAGGCCAAGCAGCAGAUGCACCCAGCGGCCGGCCCACACCAGCAUAGGAAGCGGGGCAACAUGCUUGCCCAGGAUGUCCAGCAGCAACAGCAGCAGCAGCAACAUCUCGCGGAUGCUGCGGCGGCAGCCGGCAUGGAUGCCAACUCAGCGCUGUGGCAUCCUCUUUUCGGAAGCAAUCCCAAGCAGGGCUACAACAGCCCCUGGCAGUGGACCACGGUGACGGCCUCUGGCGAAUGACAGUCAAGCCGGGCUCAAAAGGAGCCAGCACCUGCGACGGGAACAAGGACGGCCAGCUACGAGGAGCAGCAGCAGCAGCAACAGCAGCAGGAGUACAGCAACUAUCAUGCCUCGGCUAAGCAGCAACAGCAGCAGCAACAGCAACCACAGCUUCCAGCAACCAACAAUCAAAAUCACAGCAACAAUAGUAGCAAUAAAUUUUGUUAUCCUUCGGCGGCGGCCAUGGAGAAUAUGUUCCAGAGCAAUCAGAUGGCGGCCGCCGCCGCAGCUCGGGAAUCCCUGCUUAACUCCUAUCUGUAUCAGAAGGAAGGCGAAGCCAACUACAUGUCGGAGCAGAGCUACUGGCAGCAGCAGCAACAGCAACAACAGCACCAACAGCAGCAGCAACACCACCAGCAGCAGCAACAUCAACAGCAGCAGCAACACCAACAGCAGCAGCAACUCCAACAGCAGCAGCAACACAAGCAACUCCAGCAGCAGCAGCAGCAGUGGAGCAGCAACAACGGCAGCAGCAACCAAAGGAGCAACAACUAUGCCAACAACUAUGCGGCGGCAGCAGCUGCCUCCAUGUACAUGCAACACUUUAAUCCCUACAUGCAACAGAAGGCGGCGCUGCUGGCGGAGAAGGCUGCACAGGCGGCGGCCGCUGCGGCAGCGGUCCAAAACAGCAACGGGAGCAAUAAGCACGGACGCUUCGGAGGGGACUACGGCUAGAGUCCCACUGGGUUCGCGGUUCCAGCCGGAAUCGAAAUCACUUGCAUAUUAACAUAAACAUAUAGGCAUAUUUAACACGUACGUGUAAUAAUAACUAUAUAUUUAGAGGCAUCGUAUAGGCCGUUUUACCGCCAGGAAUUGGUAAAGGAUAAACCAUGAUUUUCCUUUAAUUUAAUACACAGGAACAGCAACAACAACAAGGUAACCGGAAAGCAACAACAAUAAUUUAUAAACAACAAACAAGGAGGAAAUGAAACAAAAAACAAAAACAGAAAACAUAAAAACUUAAAUUGAAUUAGUAAAAAUUUGUUAUUGGUAGUUUGUUAACAAAAAAGAAGAAAAAAGCAAAGAUGAAA